AACCGUGUAGACGUCUUCGCGAUUCCUUUGAAAUAGAAAAAAAAGUCCAUUGUCUUUGCCGCGGAUUCGGCGUGGGAAAAUGGCGCGCGUUUGAAAUUCGAAUUUCGAACUGGUUUCGUGGCUAUAUUUUUUUAUGUACAGCUACAUCCUUUAUAAAAGUACAUGAUGUAUCAUUAGGUCACGGAAACUGCUGAUUCUGCUAUUUUUUUUUGUAAAUAUCUUUAUCGUUUUAGAUAGAUCCCAUUAAUUAUAAGACCCUAUUUGAUUUUCAAUAAUUAUUUAAUAAUGGCGACAUAUAAAUAUAUAAAAGAGUGAGCAUGUUAGUUGGUUUUACAUUAAACAUGUUGUGUAUACUAAUUUUGUGCCCGGUUUUGCUCGUGGCUGUCCAGACACUAACGAUUGACUCACAGCUGGGCACAUCUAUUGAAGAUUGCUUUGAAAGAAUAUCCAUUGGCGAACAACUACCACCUAGCGGCAUCUACCGUAAUGUCUCAGAACUUACAACGCGCGAGUGCGAGCAAAUCUGUAAACAGGAUAAACAAUGUCAGACAUACGAUUACGGAGUUGGUGCUAAAGGCAACGCGACUUGCAACUUAAGUGAUAGAAGCGAAAAGGAACUAAAAGAGCAAAAUCUACUUCAACGGCAUCCAGACUACGACGUCUACGUAAGGAGAAUCCAAUGCGAACAAUCACCCCCCACUCCUAUUCAAGGUCAAUUUGAUGACCCUGACGCUGGCCCUGGGGGAGUGCCAGCUCACCGGCCAGUAUUUCGUCCAGACGAAGACGAUUUCAAAAGACCCCUUUCUGAUGAGUUUCCUGGUGAUUUAAGACCUUACGAAACAGCCCGGCCGCCAUAUUUAAACGCUAAACCAGGUUAUCCUCAAAUUAGUAACGAUAGACCAGAUGACUAUAGUAGUUCUAAACCAGACAAUGAUGUACCUCCAAGUUACGGUGAUCACAAGCCUCAAGAUAUACCAUAUAAACCUGAUAAACCUUACCAUAAUCAGCCUCAUCAAAAGCCAGAUCCAUAUGAUGUUUUGCAGUUUCAAGACCCAUACAGACCAGGCCGUCCUCCAGAUCAUGGUUACUGGAGGCCAGAUCCUCACUAUCCAUCGCAUCCUGGAGACGAUAUACCAGAUUUAUACGGUCAAAGGCCUGUAAGACCUAAUAGGCCCUACGAUUUUCCUGUAGGGCUUCCUCCUUAUCAUCCAGAAAAACCUGAAUACCACUACAUAAUUCGUCCAAACAGAAAGCCAAGACCUCAGGACGAUAACGGAUAUGGUUUUAGACCAAAACCACAGGAUUAUCCGACAAAACCUGACCUGUAUGGACAAAACGAUAUUGGUCACCCGUCAGGUCCAAUAGGUCCCCCAGAUAGACCUCCUAGACCAAAUCGACCACAUUAUGACUAUCCCUACAGACCGUAUGACAGACCUAGUUAUUCAUACAAUAGUCAGUAUGCCAGUAGCUAUGGCCAAAAUAGCCAUGACAACUCCAUAUAUUUGGAAAUUUUUGAUCCACCGAGACCGUACAAACCUUAUAAACCAUUGAGUAAACCAGAUCACGACUAUGGUCCAGGCGGUUAUGGACAAGAUAUUGGAUAUGGUGUCCAGGGUUACGGAUAUGGUAACAGUCACAGCCAAAGUUCAUAUUCACAGUCACAUAGCAGUCAGUCGCACUAUGGAACAGGUACUAUUACUGAGAUUGACCAUGAUAAUAAUUAUAUUCGACCACCUCAAGAUGCUGGUUACAGACCACAGAAACCUCAUUACGAUAAACCUGGUUAUGGCCCAGCUCCUGAUUACGUUAUGCCAUCUGGCGGCUAUGGAGUACCAUCAAAACCAAGUCAACCUGAGAAACCGUAUGGUAGCAACCAGGGAUAUGGAAGUCAAAGUUCUUAUAGUGAUAAUAGUCAAAGUGAUCACAGCACUAGUCAAGCGUAUGGUAGCACUAGUGAAUCUUAUGGUAGUAGCAAUUCACCUUCUUAUGGCAACCAGGACAAUUAUGGCAGUAAGCCCGGGUAUGGAUUGACGACUACACAGAAACCAAUUUAUGGUUAUAAUAAACCAGAUCAUGAAAAACCUUAUAGUAGUAAUCAUGGCUCUUAUACAAGUAAUAGUCAAUCCUAUAGUAGCACUCAGGAAGAAUACAAUAGUCACCAUUCGUAUGAAACUAGUCAAUCAGGUUAUGGUAUCAAACCGUCUUACACAGAAGAAAAGCCAUAUGGUAAUAGGCCUUCAUAUGGCAAUAAACCUUACGAUGAUAAUAAACGUCCACCUUAUGGUAAUAAUAGACCGACAUAUGAUGAAAAUCGACCCCCGUUUAAUGAUAAACCGAUAUAUAGUGACAAACCGUCAUAUAGUGGUAAUAGUCCUUCAUAUGGUGAGAAACCUUAUAACGAUAAUAAACGUCCAGGUUAUAAUGAUCCCCGACCACCAUACAGUGAUAAUCAAUCGUCAUAUGGCAGUAAUAAACCUUACAACGAUAAUAAACGUCCAGCGUAUGGUGAUAACGAUAAUCAGCCAUCGUAUACUGGUAAUAAACCUCCUUAUAAUGAUAACAAACCUACUUACGGUAGUAAUGAUAAUCCACCAUCAUACGGAGGGAAUAUACCAUCUUAUAAUGGUAAUAAACGCCCAUCAUAUAGUGAUAAUAAUGACCAGCCGUCAUAUGGCGGUAACAAACCUUCUUACAAUGAUAAUAAGCGUCCUUCUUAUGGUGAUAGUGAUAAUCGACCUUCAUACGCAGAUAGUAAACCACCUAAUGAUAAUAAACGUCCGCCUUAUGGAGAUAACCGGCCUUCUUACGGUGAUAACCCGCCUUAUAGUGGUAAUCGACCACCUUACGGUGAUCGCCCGUCUUACAGUGAUCGUCCGUCUUACGGUGAUGACCGUCCCGACCCUGCAUAUGAAGGUGGUUCAAAUUCAUACGAUGGAUCAGGUUAUGGUGACUACAAAUAUACGGGUCACAAGAAACCUGGUUACGGGAGCAGACCAAAUGGAACCGGUUAUCCGCGACCGGAUAUAAAACCGGUGUACGAGUAUGAAAUGGAUAGGCCGAUGAAUGUGCCAAGCUAUAUUGUGAGGCCGAGUGGUGAUGUGGUCACUUCGAGACCAGUGACAAUUGGUGAUUACGGUGAACGAGGUUACCAUGGACCAGGGCGGAUUUCUUAUAAGGUUAAAGCGUGCGAAUUUGCGGGAAACAACUUGUCUUAG